AUGGAAAAAAUGCUCUUUCCUCUGAAGAGCCCUAGUGCCACAUGGCUGGGCCCCAGCUCCACUCCCUGGAUUGUGGAUUUCAUCCUCACCUCAGUGUGGAGCCUGGGGUUCCUCUUCCUAUUAGUCCCCUACCUCCCCAGUGACCCACCCUCACCCCUGCAUGGGAGGAAGAGGAGCAGCAGGAAGCAUCAAAGGAAGAGAUAGGGGAGGCCCAGGAGCAGGAAGAAGAUCCCAGCUCUGAAUUCUUGCAGAAUCCUCCUGAGGGAGCUGGAGGAGACUCAGGACCUGACCAACCUUCUGGAAAGCCACCUGAGAAAGCUCACUGGGGAGGGUGGCUCCCAUCUGCCCUUAGGUGGACCCCCGGGUGAUAUGUACAAACCAGCUCCUGCUAAGGCCCACCAGCCACAUAGGAAAUGGCAAGAUCCAUCUCCUGCUAGCUUGUCCCCAAGGACUCCCCCAGUUCCUCUGGCCUCCAACCUGUCACCAGGCACAAUGACCUUCUCAGAGCCUUUUGGACCACGCUCAACCCUGAGUGCCACCAGGCCUCCAGAGCCCCUGCUUCCCCUAAAAUGCCCUGCAGCCCGGCCACAUACUUUUCCUCCUUCACCACAGCCCCAUGUUCCCAUGGCCUCCUCUCCACUGCCACCCGAACACAGCCUGGCUGGACUUCAGUGUGGCUCCACAAUACGCCCUGUACCCCAGAGCUCCCCUCUACACAACCAGGGGCCACCUUCUCCAACCAGGGUGAUCUCUGGCCUUGGGUGCUCCAGCGGUCCCAUCCGGGACCUCUCCCGCUGGAGGGAGGCUGCCACCACCUGGGGCCUCUCCACCUGCUCACAGGGCAAAUCCCAGCAACAGCAUCUUCCCAACCACCCCCCAGAGGCUUCCUUCUGGGGAGACCCCACAUCCAGGCAGAUGGAGGCAGGUGGCCGCACAUUCUUCCAUCCCAACGUGCAGAAGCUGCUGGAGACCAUCACCAAGAGAGCAGUGAUGAAGAUGUGGCAGGAGAAAGAAUGGGGGUGGGCAGACUGCCCGCAGAUGACAUCACUGGGGAAGGAGUGGGACAUCAUGACUCUAAAUCCCUUCUGGAACAUGGCAAACCUACCACAGAAGCUGCCCCAUCCUCAGCAGGUCUCUGACGCCACGGCCAUGUGGGACCACUUAGAGCAGAAAUGCAGUCAUCUCUUCUGGGAUCUCCCCUCUUUCAAUAGCGAGUCCCUGGUGGCCAGGGCCUGGGUUUCUAGGAACAUUUCCUCACAGAAUGAGCACUCUGUACCAUUGGAUAAAGCCUCCACUUCCCUUCCAGGUGAAACUGAGGUUGAGACACCCUCACAGCUUUCUCAGGCACGGCCCCAGCCCCACCACGUGGCCCAGCCCCAACCUUUCACUCCAACCUGGCCUCAGUCCCAGCCCCCGCCUCUGGCUGGGAUCCAGACACAGGGGAAAAUCUCAACCCCUGUCCCAAGCCUGCCGUGCUCUUCUCCACUCCAGAUUAGGGUCUGUGGAACAUCUUGCCCUACAUCCCAGGAGAGGGCACAGUCUGUCAUCCCCACUGGAAAGAAGUAUCUUAAGUGGCCCUUGCAGAAAUGACCAAAGUGGAAGAGGGUUUUGCCCACUCUCCUCAAAAAGUCUCAGGCUGUCCUGAGCCAGCCCACUUCCCACCUUCCCCAGGAGAGGCCAGCCUCCCAGAACCCUAAGUCAGCCCCCAUCCUUCCCGGGAUUGCCACCAGCCCUGAGCUCCCAGAGCACCGGUGGCAAGGAAGGAGUGCCAUCCACCAGGAGCAGUCGUGGCCUCCCAGCAGAUUCAAGGCACCUGGAGACCUGCUGCAGCCUAAGGGGGAAUUCCCAGGGAGGCCCCAGAGUCAGGCAGAAGACACGCAGGGGGCCCUCUUGCCCUCCCGGGAUUCUGAAUUUGUAGGAAAGGGCACAAAGGAUGUGCAGAAGGCAGGGCUCAGGAGCUCUGGAAGGUUCUCUGGGAAGGGGUGCUUAGGGUCCAAACUAGAGCCAGAACCGGAUCAAGGCUCAGGAAGGACUUCAGUGAAGGUUCUGGAGAAAGACAAGGAGGAAGCAGAAGGUGAUUUCAGGAGGCCCUGGAAGUACCAAUCAGUAAGUUCUGCACCAAGGGACCCAGAAAAGCAGCAUCUGGAAAACAAGCCACAGGUCCAUCUGGACAGGAAGUUGGGGGAGAUCAAGGAGGGCUGGAUCCCUGGGUCUGUGCAUAGCUCCUAAUUCAUGGCCACAUGCAUUCCCAAGUCUGACACCCACAGGAAAUCGAGAAAGGUGACAUCCUGGAGGGGUGGGAAAGCCCACGUGAACACCUCCCAGGAGCUGUCCUUCCUCCAUCCCUGCACCCAGCAGAUGCUGGAAGCACAUCUUUUCAAGUUCUGUGUGAGGCACAGGUGGGGUCCAGAUCUUCAGUCCUUGGAGCCCAUCAAUGUCUAGUUAGGGGAGGCUCAGCCUCCACCCCUCCCACACUCCACCAUUCUCCCAUGGGCCUCCUGGGAAUCUCUGGCUGAAUCUGUAGCCAAGGUUGCCAUUUUAUCGGGAAAACCUCCCCAGAAUGGUCCAGGAGACAAUAGAACAACAAGCAAGUCAGCCCCCACCAUGAGUGGCCCUGUCCCUGCCCCACCAACUGAGCAGGAGGAAGUCCAGAGGGUCCCAAGAGGGUCCCAGUCAGCUGACACCCAUGAGCAAUCAGAGGCCUCUCUGACUGGACAGGAGGGCACAUCUUCUCAGUCCCCCAUGUGCAACCUUGUAGGCAGAACCUGGCAGAGAGGGACUGUCCUGGGGUCUGGGAAACCCAGACUCGAGGGGAGUGUGGGUUCUGAAAUGGCUGGGAAUGAGGCAUGGCUUGAGACUGAGAGCAUGUCCCCAGGAGACCCCUGUCAUAGCAGAGCCCUGCAAGAGCUCAGCAUGGGGUCCCAGUGGGCAAGGGCCAGAGAUGCCCUGGAGGCACUGGAGGCCAAGGAGGAAAAGCCCCCUGAUUGGAAAGUCACCUUGGGAGCCAGUGUGAGGGCAAGAUCAGGAAGUGUUCAGGUGGAUCUGAGGAGCACAGGGACUCUGGGGACCACUAGUAACCCCUCAGUGUCUACAAUCUGUGUUGCUCAGGAUCCAGGGCAGCUGUGCCUGAAAGCACAGGUGGUCAGUGAGAUUGCGCUCAUAGUGCAGGUGGACUCAGAGGAGCAGCUGCCAGGCCGUGUUUCCAGCAUCCUCCUCCAGGAGGGCGCCACAGGCCUGUGCCUUCCAGGCCGCCAUGUGGACAUGCUCCCAGCCACAUACAGGCCACCCACUUAGGCCCCUCUGUCCACCUCCCAGAGUGUGCUCAGUAGGAGGAACACGACAGCUUCCCAGGGGCCAUGUGCCCUCCUAUGGAAGGGAGGGGACAGACUGGGGCAGCAGGAGCCUGGGAGCCCAAAAGCGAAGGCCCCACAGAAGAGUCAGAAGACGCUGGGCUCUUUGGACAAGGGCAAGGCCCACAGGAGGCCCAGACCAGGGGAGCAGGGACACAGGUCCAAAGGACCCAGGACCUCCCAAGCCAGUGGGAGGAGCCACCCUGCCCACGCGAGGGAAAUAGGAGACAAACAAGAAAGGAAAUACAAUCAGCCUCAGCCAGAGAAGGGACAGGCACCACCAGAAAGCAACUUCCAGAGAAAGAUCAGUCACCGUCCACAGGGUCUACAUUCCAGGAAAAGGGGCUCAGGGCAGGAAGACGUCCUGCAGAAAGGCAAGCCUGCAGAUGCUGUCCAGAGCUGGGGGUCUGGCCCAGCAAGGUUGUUUAUGGACAGCAUGGCUGAUGAAGCCCAGACCAUCAUCAGAGUUAUGGGGCAAAUCCUGGUGGACAAACUGGGGAUUCAGCAGGGACGUGGUCCCUCAGAGGUCAGUUGCCACAAAGGCAACCUCCACGCCCAGGAGAAUGUGCCUUCCUGCUGCCACAGGAGUCACUACUACCAGGAACAUAGCAGAGAGAUGGGGCUGGUCUGCAGCCCCAAAGCCACCCCCAAGGGCCACAGAUGUCCUGUCAAAAACAAGGGCAUCAGAGACAGCAGUUGGGCCCCACCUCCCAGGGAGCUUGUGUCCCCAGCUGGUCCCCACCACCACAGGCCAUGAGUGGCAAGCACCUCGGAGCCCCAUCCACAGCUGCAGGAACUGAGGUCUACACAGAGGUGUCUUGCCUCCUGA